GGUUUCUAGCCCUGGCUUCAAUCUUUCGGAUUAAGUUUAUUACACAAACCAAAGGUCAAUGUGAAUUAAUCCGGUAUUGGCCGGUUAGGAAGAAAGUACAUGCUAAAUCUGGGGGCUAAUAUUCUACGUAAGUAGCUCAAUAAUGGUUACGAUUGAUUUCUCCCUCUGUCAGCAAGCUGCUUUUUAAUUUUGGGCAGCUGUGCAUCGGGCCAGGCUUUGUUGGUUAUGAACACUCAAAUAGCCGGGAAAACCAGACUUCGGAAAAACCGGCCAUCUAUUGAGCCAACAACAAUGUUGCCCUGUGCAUCCCCUCGUGGUAUUUUCAGGAAAAGUAACCUUAUUUCGUCAUGGUCUGUCAGAAAGUUGAUCAUGCUAGGGGCCAAAGCUCGGUUAUUGUUCAGUAUACGUGGGAUUUGGGCGGGGCAAAACCUUGGGGGAUGGGGAAUCUUUGCUACGAGACACCACUACGUUCUUCUUACCCGAGUAUGCCUAAGACCAUUCCAACCUCUAAUUAGACUAUUUUCUCAUUCUGGCUUCGGAGGAUUAAGCAUCAAGAACGCUGAUUUCUAUCACUUUUCGGACUUCAGUGUGAUUACGUAAGCGACAUUAACUGAGUGCAGCUUUCAGCUAGUCAGACCGGAACAUCUCCACUGCCAGGCACUUUCUCUACUUCUGCUUGUCCGAUAUUUCCAAUGCCCCAAGUAGCCACCUUCCAGCCGUCGCUCCAGC